AUGGAGGACUGGGGUGAGCGCCUCCUUCUCCCUCUCUUUCGACUCCCCGAUCUGUGCGCCGAUUCUGAAGAUUUCCAGCCAGUUGCUCCUGUUGUGAAAGUCGAGCCACUUAAAAAGCAGUGGGCUGAUGAAGAUGUUGAAGAAGAUGAUGUAAAAGAAUCAUGGGAAGAAGAGGAGGAGGAGGAGGAGAAACCAAAGCCAGCGCCUGUGGAAAAGGCCACGGCGAAACCUAGCACUAAGGCUCCUGCUAAAAAGGGAAAACAGCAAGCAUCAACAAGUGCUGAAGAACCAGAUGAGCCCCCUCUUAGUCCCACUUCAGAGAAAAUUCACCAACAAAGGCUUGUGGAAGAAGCUGACUUCAAGUCAACCACAGAACUUUUUGCAAAGAAAGGCGGUGAACAAAAGUCACUAGAUACUUUUAUACCGAAGUCUGAGAGUGACUUUGCGGAAUACGCGGAGCUUAUUGCAAAUAAACUACGCCCCUAUGAGAAAAGCUUUCAUUACAUAGCUCUCCUUAAGAAUGUAAUGAGACUUUCCAUGACAUCGCUGAAAGGUGCGGACGCGAAAGAAAUAUCUUCCUCCGUGACGGCAAUUGCUAACGAGAAGAUCAAGGCUGAGAAAGAGGCUGCAGCAGGCAAAAAGAAACAAGGAGCGAAAAAGAAGCAACUCCACAUCGAGAAAGGAGACGAUGACUUCAUCCCCGGACGGGGUGGUGGCUAUGAUGAUCCGGACGAGUACGACUUCAUGUGA